CCGUUUCAGUCAAAAGAAAAACGAGUGCACCCACUACCCCUGCAACGGUACGACAGUAUGUCACCCGUACCCGUCCAAAAAGUUAUAUAAAUCCCGUUCCCGAGAGUACCUCCAACUUCCGUGCUGCUCUGUCUCCCCAUCCCUAUCCUCACUUUCAUACAACCAACUCCCAACGUCGACAUCAACUCCUUAAUUGCUUAACUCCUUCCCUCCACCCACACAGUCUACUUGUAACGUGACAAUCAACAAAUACUCUCAAAAUGGCACCCCUUCGAAUCGGUGUGCUCAUCGUCCCCCCAAUCCAACUUCUCGACAUAAGUCCCAUCGAUCUCCUAGCCAUGCUAAAGCGCUCCUACUUCGAAGCCUGCAAUCGUCCCGCGGAACUAGUCGCCCAAGCCAUCCCGGACGAGGACCUCCAGAUAACCUACAUCUCGCUCUCGGGGCCCAGCACCAGCGCUUCGACGACGGCUGCGUUGGAUCUCAAGGUCGACGCGGGCCUCGACGACCCGAGCGUCGCGCCGGGGAAGCUCGACAUCUUGCUUAUUCCGGGCCCACCGCCGGGUUUGAGGCCAGAGGAGGAGGUGCUGGAUUUUGUGAGGGCGCAUGUCGAGAGUGGGGUUGAGCUGCUGACGAUUUGUACGGGGGUGUUUGUGGCGGCGUUUGCGGGCGUGUUGAACGGGAAGAGAGCGACUGGUACGAGAGGGGUUAAGGGUCUGCUCGAGGAGAGUUUUAAGGAGGUGAAGUGGGAGGAUAAGAGAUAUGUUAAUGAUGGGAAGAUCUGGACGUCUGGUGGAAUUACGAAUGGAAUGGAUAUGAUGGCCGUUUAUUUGCGCCAACGUUGGCCGGGAACUCUGUCGGAGAUUGUUUUGUCCCAAGCGGAUGUCGAACCCAGGCCAGCAGAUUAUGGAUCUUAG